AUUUAUACACAUGUAGGUCAAUGAAAAAAAUGGCUUAGCAGCUCGUAUGUGCCGUGGCAAGAAAUAAUUUUUAAUUUAAAUGGCCUUCAGUGAUUUAUGUCACAUAAGUAAUGCGUAUAAAGCUGUCGAAAAUGAAACAGAUCAGUCGGAACGCAUUAUGGAAGAAAACUCAAUGGUCCGAGAUCUCAUCACAAAGAUCCUUGAUGAAACCGGACCCUCAGAAGGGAGCAGCUCUAUACAACCACAGGAAAAAACGCUAAGUAAAGCUACAAGCGCACAAUAUUCUAAAAAUGAUUCUACAACAUCUUUUAUUCCACCCUCGUUUAACUUCCAAGAUCCAUUUAACUACGCUCAAAAUACCCAGACUGAACAACAUGGCUUCAACUACAACACACAAAAUGGGUUUGGAAAUGGUUAUGUUAACUACCCACAAGAACAGCUUCUCAUGGACCCUGUGGGGGAUUCAGAAGUGUCACAAGAACAGCUGAAUUUACUAAGGUUAGCAGCUCAAGAAAUUGGCGGCGCACAAUUUACCAGCCCUAACAAAUAUGAUAAUAAAUACUAUAAUUUCUUUGAACCUAACCAAAGGAAUUCCCUGCCAGAAACAAAUAUGUACAGUAACAACUUUAGACCAAACAGUCUGAAUUUAGAUAAUAAUUUCACAAACAUGGACUAUGCUCAAAGGUACCCCAAUAAAUUUGACAAUUAUGCCAAAGAGCAGAACCAAGAGCCUGCAGACCUACUAGCUUAUUUAAACCAGCUAAACAUAAACGUUACAUUAGACCGCUCACCAGAUGUACCAAUGGACUUUAAAGGACAAAUGGAAAAUGGCCACUACCAUAAUGAGGAAUUCAAUAAAAUGCAAGAUGAAAGAAAUAAGAUGUUGUUCAAUAGAAACUUCCAGCAACCACCAAAAUUUAAUGGCGAAAACAAUUUCUACUUAAACGAAAUGAUGAAGCAGAUGGGAGACCGCCCGCCACAGAACUUUGAUUUUCAGGACACACCACCAAAUUAUAAGCCUAAUGGGUUUCAUCAAAACGAUUUUAUGCAGAGGCAGAAUCACAUGAUGCCUAGAGAGAAUUUUCAGGGCAAUAUGGAUCAGAGGGGAAACUUUGAAGGCCAGAACAAUGCACAGCAGGCCAUGAUGAGGCAGCAGGAGCUGGCCCGGCAGAUGAAUAUACUCAUGAGGAACCGGCCGCCUCCUAACCAAUUAAAUGUAGACGUGUCUUUCUUGCACGAAAACACACCUUUUAAUCUUGGUUUAGGAGCGUUGCUGGGGCCUAGUCCUCCUGUACCACCGCCAGUGUUGCCAUCACCAAUGAUGGAUUUACCUCUUCUAGCGCCAUUCUACGCUAUGAGGAACAUCAGAGGCUGUGCGACAUCGUCGGGCAUCCUGCACGCGCGCCUGGACGCGUGCUACGAGCAGUGGCGCCAGCUGGAGCGCGAGCGCAAGCGCACUGAGGCGCGUCUAGCGCUGGCCUACCCCGGCCGCGCCGUCUCCUCCUCCAACUCCAUCCCCGUGCCGCGCCUGCCGCCCUGCCCCACCAGGGUCGACCGGCUCACGGUCGACAUGCUGAGAGAGCAUACUAAGGUACUAACCCUAAUGGGUAAGAUGGAGACGCUGCGGGCGAGCGUGUGCGUGGCGCAGAACAAGAAGGGCAAGGAGGAGGCCAGGAUCACGGUGCUGAAGCGGGGCCAGGACCAGCCCGAGCACCAGCACGCGGACCCCGACGCCUUCCAGCCCGCCUCGUGGAAGGACGACGUCAACAAUCUCUCGGAAAUCGCCCCACACAGCGAAGUAGAGAGUGCCAUGUUGUCGUGGCGCAGCGCCGUCGCCGCCGUGCAGGCCGCGCGCCGCCGCGAGCUCGCGCAGCCGCGCUAUAUCCGCACCGACCCCAUCCUGCAACUGGCGGAGGCGGUGAAGCAGCUGGGGUGUAGCGCGCGGCGCGCGCGCUGCGCCAUGUGGUGCGACCUCACGCUCACCGUGGCGCUCGCACCGGGGCAUGCCUCCCCGCCCACCCCGGCCAGCACCGCCAAGAGCGAGAAGCAGCCUGCGCCUGCGCCGCCGCCGAAGUCGCCCCCGGCAGCCGCGGCAGCCCCCGCACAGAACAACUCCAAACCGGCUGCCUCUGACGUUAAACACGAGAAACCCAAGGAUGCUUCAACAGUGAAGACGGACACGAAGCCCGAAACAAACAACAACAAAACGAGCACGACCAACAAGCAGGCGGAGAAAGACAAGAACCAGCGCAAAACGCAGAACUACAAGCACAAGCUCAACCAGGGGCGCAACGACUUCUACCAGAAAAACCAGAGGUACGACAGCCGGUUCAUGCAGAACCGCCAUCCCUACUACUUGGCCACGGGCCCUAUCAACUAGGCAAACAUAUAUCAAGAGUAUAUAUUAUGUUAUGUCCAUGAUCGAAAUAGUACAACAUGGAAGUUCAUUGAUAGAGGUGAACAUGUCUAUGGGUAACCUGUAGGCUGUAGCAAUUGCCUGCUAAGUAUGAAACUGUAGCAAGCCUGUGUUCGGCUAAUCAAUGGUAGUAAAAUUCCAUGAAAAAUCUGAAAAAGAUAAAAUUUGUUGUAAAAAGUUGGCAAAUUAGAUGAAAUGAUAUCCGUCGAGUAGUAAGUAGGUAUUGGAGUAGUAUAGAAUUUGUUACAUAUCAGGUCUUAAAACAUCUGUAAUACAAAAUAGUCCCAGAUCGUGGACUAUAUGAUGCGUCGUUUAAAAUCGAUUUGCCAAUUUUUUAGUAAUAAUCUAGGAUUGGUAGGCCUUUUUAUGAUGCCAAUUACUUUAUACAGUUUUAAUACUCCUUAUAAUGCCCCUCUCUGUGUCUCCUGUACAUGAUCUGUAUUUUAAAAGUAUUACAAGUCUGCAUUUGUGUCAGAACAGGAAAUCUAUCUUGCUUUAAGUUUAGUGUUACAAAAAGAAUGAACUUGUUGAUAAUCAAUGACUGAAAUGACAGUUUACAUUUUAAAAUUAGAGUCUAUUUGACUACCAGUCCAUACCGGAACAUUCGGGGAAUCAUUUCAUUAUGUUUUUUUUUGUUUAUAUGAAAGCUAUUCAGAGCAUGCUUGAUUCAUGCUAUUAUUAAUUUGCAAUAACUUACAUAAUAAAUCGGAUAACAACAUCUAUUUACGAUAAAUAGUGCAGUAACAUGUGUAGUAAUAUUAGAUGUCUUUUUCGAUAGUUUCAUGCUGUAACCCGAGUCUAAAUUAUCCCUCCUUCAGGGAAAUAAGAACAAAAUAGGUAGCAUGACGGAGACCCUUAUAAGGACAGAUGAUUUUGGAGCAUAGCCUCGCGAUAAUCAGUCUUCUAAAGGCGAAUAUUGGCGGUCUACUCAUUAAAAAAACUUUUCCGAUAUUACCUGCUCAGUUCGAUCAUCGACUUAUCUGAAUUUUAUAACAUUUUAUAGCUAAUUAUCUAAUAUUAAAUUCGCAUAAGCUUGUCCAUUUAAAACCUAAACGCUAUUUUUUAAUUUUAUGCCACAAAAAUUACUUUCAUAAUGUAUUCUGUUUGGCUUCGGGAAAUCCAGUCAUUUCAAAGUAACAAAAGGUUUUAUAAAGCAUUUUUACGCAUGAACCGGAAUACCAAAAAAGUACAUUUGGAGAUAAACCUGUCGCCGUCAAGGCAGGAGCAUAUCCACCUGAAAAUAAGUAUUUUAAUAACUUUAAAGGCUACUUUAAAAAAAGGGCUAGAGGCAAUCGAAAAUGUAUCAUAUCAACAAUAAAUUAUAAACUUAUAUAUGAGCGAAUGCACUUUUAUUAUGAAAUAAUGCAUUUAUAGAAAGUGACUUCGCGAUACUUACACAGGUAUAACUGAGACCACGAUUAAUUGUUAUGAAGUAUAUCCUGUUAUAAAUAGAUGUGUGUAAGGUUAGUUUUGUAAUGCCGGUAACCUACCUUGCAUAUUUAACUCAGUUCACUUCAGAAGGAAUACUUUCUAGCAAGUACCUAGCAAUAACGAAUUAAUUCUGUACUGAAAAAUAACAUCGAAAAAACAACAAUUGUAUGGGUUAUACGCAUAAUCAAAACAGGUAUAGAAUAUAAUUUUAUUACUAGUCAGGACGCCCAUGAAAGUUCAAUAUCAAUAUAAUAUUUAAGGUUCUAUAAAACUAUUUUACGAGGCGUAGAUAUUCGUAUUAUAAGACGAUGGUUAGUCAGCAAAAUAGUAUACAUUUGCCAUUAAGUAUUCUGAAGUGAACUUAUAACCAUGCUUGGCUGGGGGUCGAAGUAUUAUCUCUAUGUCUAUCCUGACUAUCCUAACGAAGACGAUUGGCAAAAAUAUUAAUACUUGCCAAAUUAUUCGUUUGGUGUGAGCGAGAAUCAAGCCGACUGAUGUCACUCUAAAACGAUAUUCUAUAAAUAUAUACAUCGAUACAUAGAUUAUAAAUACCUAAUAAUUAUAUUUCAAUACAUCUACACAGUUUGAGGCAUAAUCCCUUAAGUUGUUACCUAAUAGGUUCGUGACAGUUUCUCGAUUACAAUAUUUGAUCUUUUUUAUUAAAAAUUUCCACGCCUAAGCGAUAAUCGGUUUCGAUAGCGUAGUUUAAAACUGCAAAGAAAGCAUGCUGCUGGUGGCUGGCAAGGCAUCAAAUUUCUUGGUUUGUAAGAAUAUUUUUGAGCAUAAAACUAGUCAUCCAAGGGUAAUAGGAAUUGAGUAAACUUGAUAAGAUCAGAGUAUUGAUAGACUUAUAAAGCCUAAGGUCAUCCCCAUUCACAGAGACUGAUAGACCAUUAACCAAAUAUAAGGCAUUUCCAAACGUUUUCGCUCACACCAACGCAGAAAGAGAACUAUAAUAAAAUGUGAUGUUUCUACUUUGAUAACUAGUUGACACUAUUUUAAUAUAUCAAGUUUCGUGCAAAUAAACAAAAUAUAUGAAGUUAUAAACUGUUAGAGUGUAAGUGUACUAAUUUAUAUUUAUUUAAUGUAUUUGAUUUAUACGGUGUGUAGUAUUAGGCUUAGUACGGCAGGGUUGUAUGGAGUUAUAACCCAAGUAGUUUGAAAUAGUUUGGGACCGCUUCUUUAGAUGGGUCGGCUAGUUUUCGUCAAUUGUUAAUUUUAACUUGUUCUGUGACGACCGUUUGCGAAUCUUAUCGCGACGUGUUACAGUGCUAUUUCGUAUUGCGUUCUUAGUAAUUUUUAACCGCCAAAAUGAAGUAAGAUGAACAAUUAGUCCCUCACGUAGGCUUAGUUAAAUUUUUGUAGUCAAUUUGCUCUGAAAUCUUACGUAAUUAUAAAAGGGUUUCACGGAAUAUCUGUACCUACUGUAAGCAUAUUCUGAAACAUGUUAACGCUUUAAUUGUUAUUAUUAAUAUACAUAUAACAAAAGUUAUAACCUACAAACGGUGCACAAAUACUGCCAUAAAACGGCAGAAUCAAACCAAAAUAUUCGUAGUGUUAUUAAACAUUUUCCAUCUUUUGUUCAUAUUAGUUUUAGGUUAGGUGUUAGUACGAAUUGUGGAUGAAGUUAGAGAUAUAGCCGAGUUGUACAGCACAGACCGAAAAGCGGAGAGCAAAUUUUCAAAUCGUCGCGGCCUUUGAAAAACUCGUUGAGCUCUAUCAAGCCAAAUUAAAAAUUAAACGCGUUUUCCGUUUUGACACUUAUAUUUAUAUUAAUAUAUAAUUUAGUUAAAUCUAAAAUUAACUAACGCUCAUAAAAUGAAUUGAUGAAAUGGCUAUAAGUUAAUUAAGUAUUCAUUGGACGUAGUGCCUUUUCUAAAAAAGUGUGCAUGCAGUUGAUAAGCCCCUAUGUAAUGUACAAAAUUAAGAUAUUGAAUUUGUUUUAGAUUUUAUUUUGCUUUUAUUAAAUGUGUAACCAUUGCAUUUCAAUUCGGACGAGUCAAAAAAGGUCGAUUCGAAAUGAUAGAUGAAUUAAAAGAUAGUUUUAUAUGUGUUAGAAGUAUAUAAUAAAUGCGAAUUUGGAACUAACAGGGAACUGCCAUUUAAAUACUGGGCUAUAAUCUAAAAAUCAGACAUUAACAUGUUUGGUAAACAAAAUCGUCUAUAAUUUUGGCGCAAAAUACGACAGUGAGAAUGUAAUAUUUUAUUAUUCUAUUCUUGCCAAAAGUGUCGUAAAUAUUCUCCCGUAUCAUUCUAUGUUGUUUAUGUAGCAAGUACGAGGGUCGGUUUGAAAGUUGUAAGAAGAGUUUACUAAUAGUAUUUUAUACAAUCGUGAUAUAAUAGAGAGCUUUUCAGUCGAGUACCGUGUUUAAGCAACGAAGCUUGCUGAGUUGCUUAAGUUAAGGUACGAUAUUGAAAAGCUUGAUUAUAUCACUAUUGUAUACAAUACUUUUUCUACGAGACAAAAAAAUAAUACUUUCAACUAGUAGAAUCAUAUAGGUAAACAAACCAAAAGUAUACAGCUAAGAUACGCAUGCUGUCGCAGCCCGCGAUACCUUCAUACAGUUCAUACCGAUGCCCCGGCCGCCGGGCGGGGUGGUCAACGACACCUCGUAACUCAUGAGGCCCUGGUACCUGCUCCGCGCUAAAUUCAAUUUUAAGACAGUUUUUUUCUCGAUUUUGGCCACCGUAGCCUAUGGAGACUAACAAGCAACGCUAAGUGGUUUUCGUAGGGUAUGGAUGUUGCUAUAUGAAGGGUGUCACAUGCGCGUUUCUGACUUAUGAAGAAAUUGUUUCUACUACAACAUAAAAUAAAAUGUUUUUGUUGGCCAACCAAUCACAAAGCAGAUGCAUUGAAUCGAGUCUCCUCGAAAUGUAUGAAGUUCUAUUUUCAAAAUUUUUAUAAUUGACUAAACCGUAUCGAUAAAAUUCUUAUGCUUGAGUCGGAAGUGCCAUAGACUAUCCAACGUUGAAAAGAGUAAGGUUGUAGUGUUGCAUGUGAAGUUGUAAUACACAGAUUAUACUCGACGAGUAGAAAAAAAAACAGAGCGUUUUCUAAAAAUAAAUCUAAAAAUAAAGCACCUCAAAUAUUGCAAUCCCAUGAGUAGAGCCGAAGCAGUUACAACUUUCGAACCAACCCUCUUAAAUUGGUUACCAGUACAAAAUAUAAAAAGCUAUUUAUAGCCUUAUGUAUUUAAAUAAUCACAUGAUAACAACCUAUCAACCUAUUUUUGUACAAUAAAGUGAUUUACUACUACUACCUUCUACUACAGGGUGGCCAAAUAAAUAUAAAGUAUAUUAAGUAUUCCUUGUUUAAUAUAGUAUUUAGGGCCGGCAGUUAAACAUGAAAAAUAAUGUCAGACAAAUGUCCACCUCUAGCAGCAUGGCAGAUGUGAACUCUUUUCAUCGCGUUUUUCAUCACAUUUUCACACAUUUCCUGCGUUAUCGCAGUGACUGUGUCUCGAAUAUUUUGUUUUAAUUGCUGAAGAUUAAUUGGCCUGUUAGCAUAGACACGUCCCUUUAGAUAGCCCCACAGAAAAAAAUCUGCUGUUAAAUCAGGCGAUCUUGAGGGCUAACCUAUGUCACCGUUUCUCGAAUUUUCCGCAAUUUUCUUAGAGUUUCCGCAAUACACGAUUGGGUUGAGUAAAACGUUUCAAUAAUUGAAACACGUUCCGUCGUAAAACGCUCCAUAACAAAUUUGCCGUAUCUACACAAAGUAAUUUCCAUGCAACAACUGUCAUGUUUACCGCCAAAACAAAAUGGCGACAAAAAAAGUUGUAUACCUCCAAGUUAGCCACCCUGUAUAACAAAGAUUUCAUUUCACAAGAUCUGCUACAAAUACCAGUUUACGAAUUCUAGAAAAUCAUUCUCAUUUAACAUUUAACAGAUAAUAGCUGUUUGAAAAAAUGUGAUUCAGGCAUGUUUAUGUAAAAUAAAUAAGAAGUCCUGAAAACAAAAUUAACUUCCAUUCAAAAAUAUUAAACUGAAAACCCGGUAAUCUUAUUAAAUACUCGCCCGCGAAGCUAAAUUUAUUUUAUCUUAUUGUCUAAAAUUUAGCGCCGUUAAAAAAGGUUUUUUUUUGUGUAAUCACAUACCACAUCAUAUUGGCCAUGGUGGUGUUUGUGCCAAAAUUGUUUUGAGGUGAUUUUGUCUGUAGAUAAUUUAAUCCGAUAAUAAAAUUGGCAGUUCUUUUCAACUAUUGGCACGUAAUCUCUUCCAAUUCGUUUAAAUUAUUAAAAUAAAAUUAGUACAAUCAAUAUCGCACUUAGCGUAAUUUAGUAAUAGUACUUAGUAAUUCAACAUUAGCACAAUAAAUUUAGUUUCCAAACUAAAUAAUAUUGGCGUUGUUUGAGACGGUUCCUAGGUACUUAUCAUAUAUUAAGCUGUAGUUUCUGAUUACAAACUCCACAUAAAGUGUCUCCCUUGUACCUGUUUACAGAUAGUUUGUUGGAAACUGUUCCUGCACACUGACUGGGAGCCGUCUUACAUAAAUCCCUCUAGUAGUACAUUUCCUUCGUAACCUCUUGUCUCUAUUUCCAUUGUUGCCAUACUUGUAACUAUUUACCUCACUCUUCAGGCUCGAUCAAUAAUACUGAU